CAUUCUUUUCUCUGAUCCCGUAACCAACCAUCAAACUCCAGACAUCAAUCAAUCAAAUCAAAUCCUUCAAUUCAUUCAAUCUUAUUUUCGAAUAAUCCUCGUAAUCGCGCAAAUGGAGAUCGCUCCAUCUUCAAGUAGAUUCAAGCUCUACGAUCAACUCGAGCUUCUCGAGUUUCCCGAUAAGUACGUCGUCAAACCCGUAGAUUCGCCUCAUGAAGGCUUCUCCGUCGAUCGCCGCGACGGCAACAUCAAACCUCUCGACGACAACACUAGUUCUGGAGACGCUACGAGAGUCUCUACUGUCUUUGGCGUUGGAGGAACUAUUAGGCUCUUAGCAGGAACGUACUUGCUCGUUAUAACAUCUCGGGAGGAAGCUGGGACUUUCCUCGGUUUUCCCAUUUUUCGAGUCACGGCUAUGAAGUUCCUUCCUUGCAAUGGGAAUUUGAGGUUUGCUACAGCUCAAGAAAAAAAGGACGAAGCGUAUUUCAGGACUCUGUUACAGGCACUUGAGACUACCCCAGGAUUUUAUUUUUCAUAUGAGACAGAUCUAACUGUCAACUUGCAAAGAAGGUGCAAGCUAGCUGUUGGUUGGACGAGUAAGCCCAUGUGGAAGCAGGCUGACCCUCGAUAUGUUUGGAACUGGCAUCUAUUGGAGGAACUGAUUGAAUGCAAACUGGAUGGUUUUAUUACCCCUCUGCUUCAAGGAAGCUACCAAGUUGCUGAGCUACAGCUCAAGAAUUCUACUUCGGUGAUAUCGUUAAUUUCCAGGCGAUGUACACGUCGUCUAGGUACACGUAUGUGGAGAAGAGGAGCCAAUCUUGAGGGAGACACUGCUAAUUUUGUGGAAUCUGAACAAAUAGUGGAGAUUAAUGGUUUCAAGUUCUCUUUAUUGCAGGUUAGAGGUUCAAUUCCACUUUUUUUUUUUUUUGACAUCGGUUCAAUUCCACUUCUUUGGGAGCAAAUCGUUGAUUUGAGCUAUAAGCCACAGCUUAAGAUAAAUAAGCAUGAAGACACGCCGAAGGUCGUGCAGCGCCACUUCCAUGAUCUUAGCCAAAGAUAUGGAGAAAUUAUGGUAGUUAACCUAACAGAUCAGCAUGGAGCUGAAGGUGAAUUAAGCAAAGCAUACGCCACCGAAAUGGCCAGGCUUCCAAACGUGAGAUAUGUCGCCUUCGACUUCCAUCACAUCUGUGGAACUACAAACUUCGACAACUUGGGGAUACUUUAUGAACAGAUUGGGGAUGAAUUUGAAAUGCAAGGAUACUUCCUUGUAGACGCAGAAGGGAACAUCCUGGAAGAGCAGAAAGGAGUUAUUAGAUCUAAUUGCAUCGACUGUCUUGACCGCACAAAUGUUACCCAGAAUUACAUGGCCCAAAAGUCUCUGAAUCUACAACUUCAAAGGAUCGGAGUGCUUGAUUCCGCAGAGUGUGUAUCCAUGUUUGAAGAUGAUUACACAAAGUUCAGAACAAUUUGGGCUGAGCAAGGGGACGAGAUUAGCUUGCAAUACGCAGGGACAUAUGCUCUUAAGGGCGACCUCGUCAGGUACGGGAAACAAACUGUAUCUGGAGCAAUCAAAGAUGGCAUCAGUGCUAUGUCGAGAUAUUAUCUGAAUAACUUCCAGGAUGGUGUGAGGCAGGAUGCUUUGGAUCUCAUUAGUGGUCGCUACACAGUGGGCACAAACAGCCCUUCACAACUCCAGCCUAUUGGAGGAUCACAACCGUCUUUUCUGCCAGUAGCAUCAGCAUUGUUGAUAGGUGGUGUCACAGUGACAUCUUUCACUAUUCAUCAAGCGGGAAGAAACACGCAGCAGUAUCUGGCGUCGGCUUUGUGGGCAGGAGUGACUGCAGGAGUAGUGGCCAUGAUCAAGGCCAACGGAAGGCACUUGUGUUCAAGGCCUCGUCUUUGCCAUCUCAUUUGAUUCCUUUUUUUAUAUAUAAAGGGAUUCGCUGUGCACCACAUUCUUUUUCUUAUUCAUAUCUUCUGUUUCCAUGUUAAACGUCGUACAAGCUUCUUACAAUAAUUAAAUAAACAUUUCCACCGAA